GAUGGCUGGUGAGGCCCCAAACAAACAAGUGCCACGCUAUGGAAUCGUCGGUGACUCGUUUUGACUCGCUCGAGUUUAUUAACACCACCAUCACUCACUCAAACAAACACAUCAUUGUUGGUUUCGUUUCGUUCUGUUGCCAUAACAACAGCAUCGAUACAAAACGCGAUUCUGCAUUCGCGAUUCCACUCUAGAAUCACUUUCAAUUCCAUGGCCGAUUCAACCUCAAGCGAUUCUCUCUCGCUAGACAUCGAUUCCUUCUCUCCUUCACCUCAGGAACAUAUCAUCAGAACACGCCAUGGUUCUAUAUCCGUUUCUGUAUACGGAGACCAGGAUAAGCCAGCACUUAUCACAUAUCCAGAUUUGGCUUUAAAUUAUGUCUCCUGCUUUCAGGGGUUAUUAUUUUGUCCCGAGGCAUAUUACCUUCUGCUCCACAAUUUCUGCAUUUAUCACAUUAGUCCACCUGGGCAUGAGUUAGGAGCUGUUCCAAUUGAUCCAGAUUAUCCAAUUCUUUCUGUAGAUGACUUAGCUGAUCAAAUAGCUGAGGUUCUCAACUUUUUCGGUCUUAGCGCAGUCAUGUGUAUGGGAGUAACUGCUGGGGCUUACGUUCUUACCUUAUUUGCUAUGAAGUAUAGACAACGUGUUCUUGGUUUGAUACUCGUUUCACCUCUAUGUAAAGAACCAUCUUGGGCUGAAUGGUUGUACAACAAGGUCAUGUCAAAUUUGCUAUACUUCUAUGGCAUGUGUGGCGUAGUAAAGGAAAUAUUGCUGAAGCGGUACUUCAGCAAGGAAAUUCGAGGUGGUACACAAUUGCCGGAGUCGGAUAUUGUUAAAGCGUGCCGAAGGUUGUUGGAUGAGAGGCAGAGUUUGAAUGUGUGGCGAUUCCUGGAGGCUAUUAACGGGAGACCUGACAUAAGUGAAGGGUUGAGAAAAUUACAGUGCCGUUCACUUAUUUUUGUUGGGGAUAUGUCACCAUUUCACUCGGAGGCUCUCCACAUGACUUCGAAAUUGGACAGACGAUUCAGUGCCUUAGUUGAGGUUCAAGCAUGUGGAUCAAUGGUAACAGAGGAGCAGCCUCAUGCGAUGUUAAUACCGAUGGAGUACUUUCUGAUGGGAUAUGGCUUGUACAAGCCAUCCAAGCUAAGUGUCAGCCCAAGAAGCCCCUUGAGUCCAUCUUGCAUAUCUCCCGAGCUUUACUCCCCAGAGAGUAUGGGUUUAAAAUUGAAACCCAUAAAGACACGAAUUUCUAUGGAAAUCUAGAUGUAGAUGGAACGGAGUGAGUGAUUGUUGUAGAUAAGGAGAUAAGAAAAUAAGAAAUCAAUAUAGUCAUUCUUUCAUUUGUAAUUAGUCAUUUAGUCUCAAGCCUGAAUACUUGUAAAGCUCUUCGGUAUUGUUGGGGGAGAUUAAAGUUCUGGUUAAAAUUGUAUAAACAGCAAACCUAUGCUAUCUCCACUUUGUAGUAUUUUCUUGCUUUCAGCAUCUUAUUCGCUGUCGAUAUGUAUAAUUGAAUUUUUAAAAUA